CCGUCGUCGUUGCGCCACUUCGGGAAAGGACCUCUGACGGUGUGCGUGCCCACUCGCUACCCCUAGUGCGGCGCGCCAGCCAGCAGGAGGACCGCUGCGUACGGUGUGCGGACCUCGUCGCAACUUGCGUCUUUUCGCGUGCGAUUUCCUAUCGCUUUCGAUCGUCUUCGAUUUUCCGGGGGCGUCUUUAGCAAUCCGAGCCCGAGUCGACGAAUCGAACAGUUUGACAAAGUUUGUGCGACGUUCAACACCCCAGCACCACCAGAUCAACAAGAGCAACAGAUUUGCGCUGAAAGGGCGAACGCGGCCGUCGUGUACACGAACUUGUUUGUUGCGAUAUUUACUUUCUGAGGAUAUAAACGCAGAUACUCUGUAAACGGACGGGAUAGACGGGAAAGUUAUCAAGGUAGAGGGAAGUCACUUUCGACAAGAUGGGAAAAAAGAACUCCAAACUUAAGCAAGACACCAUCGACAGGUUAACUACUGCAACAUAUUUUACUGAAAAAGAAAUUCGACAAUGGCACAAAGGAUUCCUGAAGGAUUGUCCCAACGGAUUACUUACCGAACAGGGCUUCAUUAAAAUAUACAAACAGUUCUUUCCACAAGGCGAUCCAUCCAAGUUUGCGUCAUUAGUGUUUAGAGUCUUCGAUGAGAAUAACGAUGGUUCGAUUGAAUUCGAGGAGUUUAUUCGGGCGUUAUCGGUGACGUCACGAGGCAAUUUAGAUGAAAAACUACAUUGGGCAUUCCGUCUUUACGACGUCGACAACGACGGAUUCAUCACACGCGACGAAAUGUACAACAUCGUGGAUGCAAUAUACCAGAUGGUGGGUCAGCAGCCGGCCGAAGAUGAAAACACGCCCCAGAAACGCGUAGAUAAGAUCUUCGAUCAGAUGGACAAAAACCACGACGACCGACUAACGCUAGAGGAAUUCCGCGAGGGCAGCAAAGCGGACCCGCGAAUCGUGCAGGCGCUCACGCUCGGAGGCGAAUAGCAUAAGGACGAAGGCAUUCAGCCGGAGAACCUUUGACGUCGUGCGGACGAAAAGUACGCGUGAUCACAACUCGCCGACGAGAUCAGCACACCCAGUCAAGUCUCACUCCAAACACGACAAACACGAUUACAUAACGGACAAAAACAACCAUUAUUUAAUCCGCUUCAACGUUGUAUCCGCAUAAUUUUACUACCGGUAUAGUUUCGAUGAGUAAGUUAUUACAAACCGAAAUCGGAAUUUUAAAUUUUAAAAUCUAAGCAAUAUUUUAAUCUCUUUACAAAAUACAAACAAAAUGUCUUUUUACUGCAAACCAACUCUAUGCUAUAUAAACAUUCCACAAAUGAUGAAACGCGCAUCACUCAUCAACUUGUGAUUGAUGUAAACGCGCAAAUUUUGUCAAUUUUAACUCUAAAUUUCAUAGAUCUAACAACUACUACUAAUACUUACUCUAUAAUAACUAAUUAAUUACAUUUAUCUAUAUAUAAACUAUGGUGUGACAAUGUAUAGUUUCGAAAACUAUUUCCAAGUCACAUUUACUACAUAUAUAAUAUUCUACACUUUUAAUCCGAAGACAUUUCAAUGUUGGCACGAUGAGACAUUGUUUAAGUUUGCUACUGUUAAUUAAUUUCCUAGGCUUAAAUGGUUGUGCAACGAGGAAUAAAAAAAAUAACAUCACUUUGAAUGAUCUAGCUUCAUUAUACAUCCCAGUAUAAUAGCAACACACUCACACAUGAUGGACAUUUGUACAAUUUUAAAUCAAGAUGCCAAAUUUCGAAGCAAAUGCCAUUGGGACAAUAAGAUCAUUAACAUUUCGAAGAUCAUGCUAGGCAAACAUUCACAUUCCAAGAGUUGUGCGGAUAGCUUACAUUCAUCUUGCUGAAAUCAUGUUUAUUCUAAUCUUAUCUUACAUGAUGCACAAGCUACGGACAAUCAUUAGUUCGUAUUUUGAUUUGCUUGCCAUGUGUUGCAGUUCUAGUUCGACAAGUUGAACGAUACGAAUGUAAACAGUUGGGAUAAUUCACUGGUUUCAGUAAGGGUUGCGCCAUCUGUCGGCGAUGACUUGAAUUGUUAAUGGCGAUUGAACUUGAACCAGCGAAUCAUAUCUACAAAAGAUAAAGACACGGUAUCAGAUAGCAUCGAAAACGGAGUUUAAAAUAUAAAUAAACAUAAACAUUGACACUACAGUUUAAUCUAUGCUCGUGCAACAGGUUGAUUAAAAUGAAAUUAUUAGUUUACCAAACUUUUAAAAUUAUAAAACUAUGCAUGUAAUAAUAACACAAUAAUAUAAAAUAUCUAAAAGAUAAAUUUUAAAACGUUACCAUUAAUAUACCUACUAAAAAGUAGUAAAAAUUAGAUUUUAGCGUUCAAAUCGAAUGCAAUUACAUUAAAAUAAUUAUAUUUUCGGGAUUUGUAAAUGAUUAGCAAAGACAAGAAAUAUUUAGCAAUCAAUUUACGUCCGAGAAAUUAUACUUUUUAUUAAACAAAACACCAACGCAGUAUAUUAAAACUUUUGAGCAGGUUAUCAAAGAAAAUACUUAAAUCUUUAAUUUCGUUUUUGUUGCAAAAUAAAGAAAAUAUGUAAAUAAUCAAAUUAAAUCAGGCACAUAAAUCAGAAUUUGUGACACCGUGUAUGUGCAUUAUACAUUCAACUUAGCAAUAGUCGUUUCAUACACCGAAUCAAAUUUAUGAACGUUUCAGUUGUGAUUUGUGUUAAUUUUGACAUUCUCGCAAAACGGCAAAUACAAAAGACAAAUUACACACAUUUAUAACUACUUACUGUUACAAUACAUUAUCUACUAUUAUCUAUCUUUAUCGAACUUAAGAAAUUGUCUACCUACACUUAAAAUAAUAUUAUUAAUAGUCGAUAACUUCCUGUAUAAAAUUUAUAUUGCAAGAGACAUCUAUGUAUAAAACAGUUUUAGUUUUAAAAAUGAUAUUUUCCCACAAAAGAAAAAAAAUGAUUAAAAAUUAAUUUUGAAGUUUUUAGUUAAUUAUUUAAGCUACUUAAUUAUUAUAACCCUCAUCGAUAUUAAGAAGUAGUAAAAGCAAUGAGAAAUGCCUAUUAAACAAUGCAAUAUAAGACGAUAUUACGUUCUUGCUUGAUAAUGGUGAUGAUUAAUGAAUAAUUAUGUUACAACCUCUAAUCAUCUAAUUCUGUAACGUUGGCGCUUAACAGUAAACAAAACAUAGGAAAAAUGAAAAGAAAAACACGAAUAAAAUGAUUGAUUGAUAAUUUUAAUGACAAAUGUUGGUUAAUUCUUAUACUAUACGGCUAAAAACGCUAACGCAUAAUAUAACGCAACAAAGCCGCAAUGCUGAGAGCAAUUCUUUGGUUUAAGAACUUUCUGUGAUAAUUAACAAUCAUUAUGAAAACGCAAUAAUGAAAAUGCUGUGUCUUGUAUUGGCGUAAAACAUUUCAGAUGUGUAUCUAAACAACAGCUGAACUUUAAAAUCACUUUUAGGAAUGUAAAGCAAAAACAAAACGGAAACUGAAAUUAUUAAGCCAUGAGAUUGGAGUUUUAACAUCGCACACAAAUGUUUUGAUUGUUUCCGAAGUCGCAGCAAUUUGUUUUCGAUGAAAGUUUGUGUUAAGUUUUGUGCUAAUCCAUAUGCCAUCAUAGUCUAUAUAUGAAACGAUACCGCCGAUGAAUUUUGAAUCUAUUGAAACUGAAAUGUUUAAUGAACGAAAAGUGCAUAUGCAUGAUGUCGACCUAAAUUGGCAAAACUGUUUGUUGUUAUUUGCAAAAUAUUGCAUUAUAAAGUAAUACAUAUAUAAAUAUAUAAAAAUAUGAAAAUAUUAAUUAAACGUAGAAUAAAAAACAACCUUUUGUGUUUUGUAAUAUUUACGAUUAAGUAAUAAACAAUUAAAUGUAUUAAUUAUC